CUCAUCCCAUUCUUCUUCAUCAACUCAUCUACCGACUUCAUAAUUCAUACACGUAUCAGUCGAAAUAUUCGGUGAAAGCACUUCCAAGACGGUUAAAAUAUGCAGUUAUCAUGAUCCAGGGAAUCUUUUACGCGCGGUUCUUACUACAGCAAGGCCCCAAGAUAGUCGCCCAGUCUCCGCCGGACUGCAUCGUAACCCCCACCUCCGUCUCGUCAUCAAACAACCAAGCCCUCUCUCCCACAGCCCCGACCACCACCGGGGCGACGACGACGGCACCGGCACCGGCACCGGCCCCCAAGCCGCCGCUGAUUGACUUCGACGUGCUGCGGGAGUACAUCAUCCCGCGCAAGGCCUUCUGCAACCGCUUCAUCACCGUGCAGGACCCGGAAGGCCGCUACGCCGUGCUGGGGUUCCCCGUCCUGAUCACGCACGCCAAGUACCCGCGCAACGAGUUCAUCUUCAAUUUCGGUCUCGUGCUCGAUGCCGACGCCGAGCAGGCUUCGUACGAGCGCGUGGUGCGGCGGCUCGCCGUUACUUUUGCCGAGAUGGAGAAGCAGGACGAGUAUCUGAGCCAGCAGGAGACGGAGGACUGGAGCCGGCGCGGCUAUGGGCUCGGCGGCUGCUACCGCGGUGGGGCUGGGGCUGGGGGUGGUGGCGCUGGUGCUGGUGCGGGUGCUGGCAGCAGCACUUGUGCAGGGGAGGAGAAGGCCAUUGUGGGAGGGGUUAAAAAGGUGGGUGGUGAGAGGAGGCCGAUAGAGAGCUUGCUGGAGAUUGUGAGGGAGGACCUGAAUAACUACGGGGAGUGCAUGAUUCCUGUCGACGACGCAAACACAAUCAACAUGAAGCUCUUCCCCCACCACCCCCCGCCCCCCCUCGUCAAAGGCUGGCACGUCCCCGUCGCCAAAACAAAGCUCGCCUCCCUCGUCGACCCGACCUGGGACCUGACGCUCCAAAAAGUCAUCGCCCACAUCGACGGCGUGUCGGACGUGCGCCGCAUCGCCUUCCAGGCCGACGUGUCGCUCGACCUCGCCACCCUCGCCCUCCGCCACCUGCUCCGCUACGACGUCAUCCUGCUGCUGGACCUCUUCUUCUUCGGCUCCUGCUACGCGCCCCGCGCCCACGGCAUCCACGACUUCGUCGCCGACGCCGACGGCAUGCAGGACGAGUGCGCCGCCUACGUCUCCUGCGGGCCCGUCAAGGUGCCCCGCUUCCGCCUCGUCCGCCUCAUGACCUCCUUCUGCGUCGGCAAGAGCGUCAUGGAGUGGAUCCGCGGCCACCAAGAGGACGGCUUCGACGUCCUCCGCUUCGUCGAUGUGCGCAGGCUGGUCCAGUUUGGCGUCAUCAAGGGGUGUCUUUACCGCGUGCACAAGUACGUCGUUAGCAAGCAGUAUCUCGCUGCCCUGGCCACGGGCCAGGCGAGGCCCGCCGGGGGGGAUCCGUUGCAGAAGUACACGGAUGGAUGUCAUUCUUUCGAUCAGAUCAUCACCGAGCAGAACUUGUCUGAUGCUGAGAUUAUGGAGAGGUUGAAGCAUCUCCCUCUGCCGAACGGGGAUUUGACCGUGUUCUAUCGGUAGGCCGCGGGUGACGGGGUUGGUGACGAGAGGGCAUACGACAUACAACAUACGACGGAUGAAUCAUACCACUUGGGAAAAGGCAAGGAUAUG